AUAAACAAGACCGCUGGACUGCCAACCUCAAUUAUUUUAGGGCUUGGGGCACGUGUUAUGGUCCGUGCAAAUAUCGACGUGAAUGACAAGUUAUGUAACGGUGUUUGCGGAACUGUGAAGCACAUCAAAUUCAAAAAUACCCCAGACACGUCUAACAGCAACAAUGUGUCUGUGAAAGUUAUAGACAAGGUAUAUGUCAAAUUUGAUAUGGAAAAAGUUGGUAGAAAAAUAAUGCAUUUGUGUAACAAAUUUUGCCAUCAAAAUUGUACACUAGCAGGUACAGUGCCGAUCAGUCCUGUAGAAAAACAGUUCAAGUGCAAAAAGGUUAAGAAAACAAAUGUAUGGCUAAAAAGGUACCAGCUACCACUAACAUUGUGCUGGGCCUCAACUAUCCAUAAAUGUCAAGGAGUCACCUUGCAAAAUGCAUACAUAGACCUCUCUGGCAUAAAUUGGAAGGCGGGCAUGGCCUACACAGCUAUAUCACGACUCACUUCGAUGGCAGGUUUGUUUCUCAUCUCUUUUGAUAAAAGGUGCAUAAGAACAGACCCUCAAAUAGUAAGAGAAUAUAAACGUCUUAGAUCCUUGCAUCCUUUCCAGUUACAUGAUGCAACAAGUGACAUCAUUAAAUCUCCUAUUAUUCAACCGAGUGAAAGUCCACAGAGUGAAAGCUCCCUUGCAAGCACUCGAUUAUCUUCACAGAAAUUACGAUCCCCACCAAGCCCUUCAAGUAGGCCUCUUUCCAAAAAACAACGAGUUGAAAGCCCUACACUACCAAACAGUAAACGGACUUCACCAGCAUCUCCCAUCAUUAACGGUAACCGCAAGUGUCCUCGGUUAUCUUCACCUGCAAUGGCUACACCAAAUUCGCCAUUUAACAGCCUAUUGUCAAAGGGUAAGGCUUACGUCAUAGACUUCAACGAUGACCCGCAAUCCAGCCGUUUUGCCACACAGUUGGUCACACUGGGUUUUAAUGUCCGGAGGACAAUAAAUCGCUUCCAGGAAGGUGUCAGCUGUGGCUACAUAGCAGCGCGGGUUAUUGCUAAAUUGAAUGCGGCUACUAUUUCAAACGUUAACUGUUUCGAUAUUGAUGUAUUCGACUGCAAUUACAAUGGCACAAACAGUGCUGAACUAGACAUGGUAGCGGUGGCAAAUAUCCAUCUGGGGUUGCCUGGUUCCAAGCCACAUUUUUUGUAUGCUUCACAAUGCCUUACUUUGAUUACUUUUUACUCCAUGCUUUAUUAUAACAAGUCUAUAGCAACCUUAAAUUUCCAUGACCUCAAUAUAGAGCAACCGUUGAGUAAAACUAGUUUCACACAUAAACUCAAUCAAAUUGUCGUACAAGACAAGGCAAUUCCACCUACUUUUUUUACAGUUAAUGCAUCGGACCAGCAAGGGACACACUGGUUUGUGGUAGUUAUUGAAAUACCUUUAGAUUCGCAGAAUGAGCAGUAGGCCUAUAUUAUCGUCAUUCCCAGAGUACAAGUUUACAACAACAGCAGUAGUAUUAUACAGUUGGACAUGAAAUCGUUCUACACGCUAAUUAAGAUACUUCAUUACCAUUCAAUAGCAGCAUUACAAUUCUGGUAUACUCUGCUGAUUAUUAUUGAGAUAAUUAUACUCAUACAUCAUUAAACAUAAUAUAUUAACUUGUAAUACAGUAGGCUGGGAUUAUACACACAGUCAGUAAUCUGCCCUAUGUAGGUCAGCAUAUCGUGCAAAAAGAUCACCAAGUCGAAUAUUACCUGAUAAAAGUGAACUAAGGUUGUGUUAGACAUUUUGUCCCUACAUGGGCUCCCGGCCGUGCGUCCUUGUAGGAACUGUGGGGCCUUCCGAGUGAUAGGGUUACAGUGACUGUUAGUAGGGAAAGUAUGAAGUUUAUACCAGUAGACACAAUUACCGAACACAGGGCAUUGGCUCGACCUCCAAGACAGGGUAUCCGUGAGGACCCUGGUCGUAAUCAGCUCUGCACUGCUCCAGUGUAUCCUGAUGCCUGAAAUCUUGGACACUGUCUACGUACGGGGUAGACGGCCACAGACGAUUGCCUCUAUUGCUACCUUAGUUCACUUUUUGAUUACAGCCAAAUAUUCAAAGUUGAGAUGAUCUACAUUUUUGACACAUACCUUGCAUUACCUAUCAUUUCUUCCCGGUAUUCAAGCUCAAUCUGAACAAACUUAAACAGCUCUAGCAAUAAUUCUUUUGGUCAUACUUGGUGUUUGAUCUUUAGAUAUAAGUUUACAACAGACUUGUCUUUUACGACAUCUUUUCAAGCAUAUUUUUCACCCAAACAUCGCUGAUUAUAAGUUCACCGUAAUAGUUGUAUUAUUACACUACAAUUUAUUACUAAUCUUAUUUAAAUCAUUCAGUGUGAUUUGUAUUAUUUGUAUAUUUGUAUCUUUACAUAUAAGUUUACUACAGACUACUAUUUAACGAUGUCUUUUCAAGCAUAUUUUUCCAGCCAUUACCUACUAUUCAAGUAAAUUUCUGGUAUGUUUAGAUAAAACAUCGCUGAUUAUAAGUCCAACCGUAAUAGUUGUAUUAUUACACUACAAUUUAUUACUAAUCUUAAUAUCAUCACCAUGAUUUGUAUUUUUUGUAUAUUUGUAUCAAUAACUGUAGAUUAGAUGUAUUAUAAGGAUGC